AUGAAUAACGCACUGCGCCUCGUGCGCAACGCCCCUUCGCGGACGACGACCUCAUCCUCGUCGCAAUGGGCCUGCUUCUUCUGCCAGAACGCACGGCCUCGGACGAGCAGCAGCCGCCCCAAUUUCGCCGAGUUGCGGCGCAAAUUCUCGAGCUCGCGGCCUCGGCGAGAGCAGCAGCAGCAGCAGACGCAGACGCAGACGCAACACCAAGCGCAGCAGCAGAAUGCCACCUAUGCACCGUCCAUGGACAGGGUGCGGGAGCAGUAUAGCCGGAGGAACAGGACGAUAGCCUACUACACCCUCAGUGUCAUCAUGGGCACGCUCGCCCUGUCCUACGGCUCGGUGCCUUUCUACAAAAUGAUUUGCCAAACCACCGGCUGGGGUGGCCAGCCCAUCCGAGCCUACGGCCAGUCCGGCGAGAACCAAGACAUCUCCAGCCGCCUCGUCCCCGUCACGUCCGCGAACCGAAUCAAGGUCACCUUCAACGCCGCCGUGUCCGACAUCCUCCCCUGGAAGUUCGUCCCCCAGCAGCGUGAGGUCCGGGUGCUCCCCGGCGAGACCGCCCUGGCCUUUUACAAGGCGACGAACAUGGGCGACCAGGACAUCAUUGGCGUGGCAACGUACAGCGUGACGCCUGCCCAGUGCGCCCCCUAUUUCAGCAAGAUCCAGUGCUUCUGCUUCGAGGAGCAGAGGUUGAAUGCCGGCGAGACUGUGGACAUGCCGGUUUUCUUCUACUUGGACCCCGACUUGUUGAAUGACAUUAACAUGAAGGGCAUUGAGACCGUGACGCUCAACUACACAUUUUUUAAAGCGCGAUACGACAACAAUGGCAGAUUCAUGCCUCCUGCUACUCAGUCAUGAGCAGUUAGGAUGGCCUGCACGAUGCAACCAAGCGUGGAUGUUGCGGUCUUUGUAC